CCAAACCCAACCGGAAGCCGGAAGCCGGGAGCCUCCUGGGGCACCGAACCGGAAUCGGCAGAGCAGCGGGAGUCUGAAGGGCCAAGGGGAGGCUCCAUCACCGGUGUGAUCUCAGUACACAUUAUUUGUCCUGUAUUUUUGGAAUUAUGUGUAUGAACGGGCUAGACCAUCUCUGGAUUUUGUUGUGUGCCAGCAAAGAGAAUUGCAGUCACCUGCGUGGCUGAGAAGCUGUGUUGAGGAGGACACAGGACAAGGGUCUGGUGUCUGUGACAGACUCAGGACCAGGUGGAGGUGAGUGAGGGACAGGGCGACAAAGUCACCAUGGUAAUCAAGCCUCCCCCACACCUCCCUCCAAAGUCUGAAUGAGGAGCCCCCAGGGCUGGCCAGGGGCUAAACCCCUGAGUCCUCACGGGCACCCUGAGGGUGAGCAUGCCAGUCCAGCAGGAUGCCAUCAGUCACCACCAGGUGGCAGCAGGGGACAGGAGAGGGGCCAGGCCCCACACAGGAAUAGCUGCUCCUGGGCCCGAUUGGUUGGCCGCCCAGGUGUCUCAGCCUCCUAUCUCCAUUCUAACAUAGAACCAUCUCCCCCAAAUCCUACACUUCCCGGGGCUCGCCUGCCAUAGAAGGAAAAUAUGUUUCGGAUGACCCUUCCUCGCUUCCUGCCGUGAUGGGAUAAUCCCACCAGUCCCCAGGCGUGGCCUGACUCCUCUGGCCUCAGUCCCUCUGAGGCGACCUCCACCCCCUGGACCCUGCUAUCCACUCGGGCCUCCUGCAGCCCUGGGCCUAUCUCCCACUACCCAGACUCUCAGGCCCAGGAAGUCCCCUACCCCUGCCCCAGUGGCAUGUUGAGGCAUGUUGAGCAGAGCAGGGAUUCCCAGCCAAAAAGAAAGGCUUGAGCCCAACCCCAGAACCUGUCACCCUCAGCCACAAGCCAGGCAUGGCCGGAGGCCCGUGAUGCCCUAGCCCCCACUGUUCUUCCUCACCGACCUCACAUCUGACUUUCUCCCACGUCCACUCAACUCAACCACAAGCCGACUGCCCCUCACACAGCACCCCAAGCCUGUUGCUCCUUGACACCCAUGGGGGCCCAGGGUGAGGACACACCCCUGGCUGCCCAACUUGUGCUCUCACUGCCAAGGUCUUGACGGGCAGGUUGGGCCCGCCCCCAGGCCAGGUGCCGCCUGUGGGGCAUAAAGCCUGCAGAGGCAGCUCCUGAGGGAGCUCUGCUAUCUGCCAUGAAGGGGAGCAGCACCCUCCUGCUGGUGGCCCUCACCCUGCUCUGCUCCUGCGGGCUGGCCAUCGGGGAUGACAACAGUGACUUUUUCAUGGACUUCCUGCAAACGCUGCUGGUGGGGUCCCCAGAGGAGCUAUAUGAGGGACCUCUUGGCAAGUACGAUGUCAAUGCAGAUGCCAAGGCAGCACUGACGGAGCUCAAGUCCUGUAUCGAUGGCCUACAGCCUAUGCACAAGGCGGAGCUGAUCAAGCUGCUGGUGCAAGUGCUGGGCAGUCAAGAUGAUGCAUAGCGGACCCCAGUCAUGUCUCCAAGCAGCCACAGGACCAGCUACACAAGCAGCAAUGGCCACACUGCCCCAUUACCACUUCUCCGCGUGUAAAUUUAUCAUAAAAC